GUCCAGCAGGAGGUGUGGCCACCAUGCAAGGUGAGCCUUGGUACGGCGACCUAGGCAGGGAGGAUGUGGGAGGGCCUCCGACUGGAUGGGGACACAGGUGACAGCCACAGGGCGCCUGCUGGCUCCCCCGUCUCACCUCUGUGGCCCUUGCUGGAGGACACUGGAACCAGCAGUGCUGUAUUUCAGCAUCUGUGCAGAUACUCUGUCCCUGGAGGCUCUUUUGCUUCAUGGACUCUGCGUCCUUGGAGGAUCCUGCAGAGUUUCCCCUCCUUGGGAGAAGCCCCCUCCUCUUCCUCAGCAACUUGAGCUUGCCCUGGUAGUGGGGGGAACAAGAGGCAGGAGGAACUAAGCCAGCUUGUCUCCCUGGGUGCCUGGCUUCCCCCCGCCCCACAGACCUGCCCCUGAUGUGUUCUCUAGAAGUAAAACGGAGCUACAGAAGCUAAAGCCAGUGUUCACACUUUAUGUGAUUAGUAUUAGUGUGAUGUUAGCACAACUAUUUCUUCAACUUUAUAUGACUUUCUGAAUGCUACUUCCUUUUACUGUUGCUGGACUGUAAUAGUAUAUACCUUUUUCUCAAGUGUUCAAAGAAAUGAAGCAUUCUGAAAGUUGCCAGUCUUUAAUUUCUUCUUUACCUCUUAUUUCUUUCCCCUAGUCAUUCAUGUUUGCCAUACUUCUGAAUUCUAAAAGCUGCAUUAGUUUUUGAGUGAAUUCUCUUGUAAGCACUGAGUCGCUGUGUUGCUGCCUAGCAAUGUGUGGGACCUUUCUGAGACUGACAAUGGAAGAGGAAGAAAGCGCAUUUGCUCCAUGAGGCCGGAAUUGAGGCAUUUAAUGUGUGUGUCCCUGAUACUCAGCCUCUUGGUUUCUUUGGAUUUGAAAUGUUAAAACCUCAAGAAGUGACAUUUAUUAAAAACCCACGAAAAACUAUGCAUGAUGACAAAAUGCUGACCUGGGACAUUUUAUGUAUUGUACUUUUCAGUUCAGCCUAAUGUAUUAUUCAAAAACUAUGCAUAUUUAUUCAAAAACUACUCAUAAUGUUGGUGGCUGCUGACCUGCUGCCUAAACGUAGGUUAUUAGUAUUCAGAUUCAGGAGACUAAAGCUACCCAGGAACUGAGACACUCUUGAGAACCAGGUAGUUUUUGUUAGUGGAAACGUGAGCUUUGAGGGAGGCCGCUUUCUCCCGGGAGUGUGCUGGUGGAGAGGGAGGCAGCUGGGGCUGCACUGUAGAGCCCGGACUGCAGUCAGCCAGCCUGGCUUUGAAUCCUAACUGCCUCCAGUCGUGGUGCUGGAGCCUCGGUUUCCUCAUUUGUAAAACGGGAUAAUUAGACUUCGCUUGUGAGAUUAUGAUCAGUUUGGCUUCUUUUUAGCUGCUUUUCCCCAUUCUGUAGAGUUUGUCUCUGGUGUAUCUGGCGUGAUUUCCUUAAUCACCUCCUCACAGAGUAGAUUUCAGGGACCAUUUUUGAAACUACCUGCUAUACAUUGCCACCUAGAUAUAAGUACAGCACCAUUUUGUGCUUAUAGCAGGAACGGCAGCAAGUCAAACGACCCUGGAGCUAUUUUGCAUCACGUGGCACGUUGGUUCGCUGCCGCUGUGCAGCACACUGCGUCUGUAGCUGCAAGGCUUCUGGGAUCAGGAGUCCUGCCUGGUGAGGCUCACGCAGGGCUGUGAUCAAGGCGUUGGCCAGGGCUGUGCGAUGAGGAUUCGUUUCCAUGCACACUCGUGUGGCUGCUGGCAGCCUCAGAAGAUCCACUUCCAGGGUCGCUAAUAUCGCUGUUGGAAGACCUCACGUCCCUGCUGGCUGUUGGCCAGAGACAUCCAUUCCUUGUCACGUGGGCGGCUUCCUUGGGCAGCUCACAGCUAGGCAGUGACUUCCCUGAGAGGGAGUGAGGGAGAGCAUGAGCGAGACGAAAGCCAUGGUCUUUUGGUAACCUCAUCUUGGAAGUGACAUCCUAUCUCUUUUGCACAUUCUGUUUGUUAGAAGCGAGUCGCUAGAUCCAGCCUACACCCCAGCAGAGGGACUGCAGGGGCAGGAUGACCAGGAGGUGGUGUCAUGGGGGCCAUCUCAGAGACCACCUGUCACUGUGCACCUGCUGGUCCCAGAGAUUCAUGUUCCUCCCAUGUACAAAAUACACUCCCCGCAAGGUCCUUCCAUGACAGCAUCUGCUCAGAGUCCCGCGUCAUCCUCUAAACUGGCUCUAGGUGGGCUGAGCUGCAGCUCCUGGGGUGCACGGUACCCCGGUCUAUUGACCUGAACUAGAGAGACACGCCGUCAGCUCAUCCAACCACAGCCACGGUGCCAUCAUGGCAAGCACCACAGGCCAGACCUUCCUGUUCAAAAUGAGGGAAAGUGGAGGCAGGAAGGAGCCUCAGGUGUGCCUCACUUCCGAGACCCAGCCUGGCAGAUGGUGGCAGUUCGGAGGCAGGAAGGAGCCUCAGGUGGGCCUCACUUCCGAGACCCAGCCUGGCAGAUGGUGGCAGUUCCUUGUUCAAGUGUCAUGAUUUGGGACUGAUAACUGUCCCUCUGCCCUCAGAGGCUUUGAUUCCUCUCUCUGACUCAUGCUUUCCUUUGUCUGAAACACAGCAGCUGCUUGCAUUUGAGUUGUUUUCUCAGCCUGCUUCCUGCUGAUAGGAUUUCGGGGUCCAGCACCCACUUUUUAUUUUGUACUGCCUCUGACCCUUGUAGUUCAAGCUGGCAGUGAUAGUUCUAACUUUAUGGGCCUCCUGGGAGUCUCACUGGUGUCCAUUCCAUCAGGCACGAGCCAUACCUGGCAUCCCUCUGAGAUGAGCCCUGCUCUGCCUUGGGGUCCUGAAGGGUGAGGACUAAUGCCCAUAAGCUUCUCAGGGCCUGGCUAUUCCAUGAGAGGCUGUGAGGCCCACCCUUCUUCUCUUUACAGAGGCUCCAGCCAUCUUGUUGGUGCUCAGCACACAGCACCAUUGUCUUGAUGUCACAUGCACAGCAGGCUUGCCUUGGACAGAAGCGGAAGGAGGAGCUGGCUGGCUGGAGCAUUGGGGGCCGCCUGGCAGUGGGCUGCUCAGAGGAGAGUCGGUGGCAGGAGGUGCGAUGACGAUCACAUGAGUUUAGAGGAGGGUGUGGAGACGAGGAGACGGAUGCAGGCACACACCAUGGGGAGUGUGAGUGUGGGGGCAAAGGCUGACUUGGGAAGUCCCGCUCGAUAAGCGGCACAGCCUUUCCACCCCUGUGUCAUCUAAGUUUCUUUACCAUAACUGGAGUUGAAUAUUUGGGCUCCUGUCCUGCCUUGCUUGUAGACAUGUGGCACCCUCUGCUCCUCAGUCAGGCACUGGCCUUGAUGACAUUUCCUUCCUUAAACACAAAUAGCUUUUGGUCUGCUCUGGCACCGAAGCCUCAGGAUCACUGCACGGGGCCUGGGGAGGCAGUAACUGGUGCAGGGGACCGAGCAGGGAGCAGGGAGUGGUCCCGGGUGUCUGAGCCCACCCUCUGUGGCACUCUGCUUCUGUUUGGGUAGGGAAUGUCCUGGGGGACGCUGGUGGGUGGGAGCAACACAGCUCUUGCCUUGUGAACCCGGCAAGUAGCAACAGCCCUCACUGGAGGAGCUGGGUUGGGCUGGGUAGAGGGGUGAUGGGGUGAUGGGGUUUGGGGUCAGGGAGUGACGAUGGAUUCCAGGUGCUUUUUUGGAGGCUUCUUCCUAGCCCCUCAUUUUAGGCAACUAAGCAAUGUGCCAGGGUGGGUUUUCGUCAGUUUCCGAUGUUUGGUUUCCUUCUCAUCACAUCACUCUCUUUUCUGAGUUGGUGCUGACCAAGUUCGUUGUUGAUGGAUGUGGGGUUUGGGGUGAGCCCAUCGUUCACACCUCUUAACUGCCUCCCCCCACAAGCUUAGGAGCUUUAUGGGAUGCGUUGCCACUGGCUGCUUUUCCGGUCCUGGGAUACGGCCUUUGCCGACGCACCUUGCUCUUAGGCAGACUGUCUUGGACAUGAGCCCGCGCACCGCUGGGGACAGGCCACGCUGCGGCAGCGUGUGCACACGGCAUGAGGUCCGUCUCCACCGAGCCAGCCUGGGGUGGGAUUGCUGUGGGUCUGAAGAGAGGAGGCCAGGUAGAUUUUCGUAAAACUAGGAGUUAUUUAUUUUAUUCAUGAUUAUGAUGGCCUUUAUGUAAAACUUCAUCAACCCUCUUUUACUUUUUUAGUACAAAAAAGUUCUUUUUAGAAAAUGUAGAAAACAUGCACAGAAAUAAUUACAUUCAGACACUUGAGAAAGUCAAGAAUGUUUCAGUCAAAUAGGUUCUUGGCACCCUUCCCUCCUCCCCUCACUCGGCAAGCGUGGAUCGCGCACCUGCCCUGGGCCGUGGGUGUGCCAGCCUCGAGGCCUCGUGGCCCCUGCUCGUGCCUAGAACUGUGUCUGGCAUGGAGAGGGCGCUCCCCACUGUGAAAUGUGUGGACAGAUGGCAGCCUGUUUCCUUGUGUUAGCAGAACUCCUUUAAGUGCCCUGGUGUUUGGGCGGGAGACGCGAAAUUCUACACUCAGAAGGUCCUGCCUGACAAACAGUCCUUUUAAAAAGGGUCCUGCCUGACAAACAGUCCUUUUAAAAAGGGUCCUUCCUUCUUUCUUCCCAAAGUUCCAAAAAGUCUCUUAGAAAGAGCAGGGCAUAUUUUCCUUACCUGGUGUAUUUGGGUUCCAGCCAGACUCACCAGGAUGACUGGGGGCGCCUGGGCAGAGGAAGCGUGCAGGGGCUUAGGAAGCAUGGCUGGUGUUUGUGCGAUUCCUGGAGUGGUGCCUUGGUGAGCUGCCCCAGGACCAUGCGGUCAGGUGUGCGGGCAGCUCUGGGCCCAGGGGCCGUGUGCACAGUGCCCGUCCAUCUGGUGCUGCCAGGGCCCUGGCCCUGAGCUGGUUGGGGAAUUGCAGGUCUGCGUCUGCUGUGUUCCUCCCAACACCUGCAGCACCCCAAUUUUUGGCCAGACAGGGCCGGUGCACUUCAGGAGGUGAACAGAAAGAAACACAUGUGACGAUCUCAACAGCCGGCGUUAGUAAGAGGCUGUGUCCUCGACGCGAGGGAUUCUGUUCACUGUCACAGGACUCGGGGCAGGUUUAGAUGUGAAGCAUGUUGGCUCGGCGCUCCUCUUGCUGCAGGCGGGCCGUGGCACUGAAAUGGCGAGGCACCCUCCCCGUUUGCAGAUUGUAAGUCUUGGAGCGGGGCUAGCGAUUCGUACUUAUUUCCGCGGGCGGCUGGGGUGCGAGGUGUAUGGGGAGAACAGCUGGUCUGUGGUGCUGCGUGCUCUGGGUGGCCUGUGCAGCCCUGUGAUGGUCUCCCCAGGCCACCACCUGGCUGCCUAAGGCCCACGCACCUGCAGGCUCUGUGUUCUUAGGUGUCUGGUGGCAGAUUCUCAUGCCUUUGUGUGAGACUUGUCUUUUUCUUCUGAAAGUUUUGUGGGACUUUUUUCAUCUCCCUACUCGGCUUGGUGGGCCCUUUGCAUUAGAAGAUUCUUGUCUGCCUUCAGCUCUGGGAAGCGGCUGGCGCCGUUCAGGGCUGGGAGCCGCUCUCUCAGGAUCGUGCUGUCAUCUGUUGCAUCCCAGGUUACCUGUGCCCUCCCAGGCCCUUUGCUGAAGGCUGAGAGGUCUUCCUGGAAGGGACUGUUUUCCUUAUGUUGCAGCCUGAGCCUGCGUGGAGUCCCAAACGCGGUCGGCACUCGCAGCACUGCUGAAUGGCAGGUGUCCGCUGAGGGGAACCGUGCAGGGGAGGAGCUGGGACCUGGGAAUGGCAGGUGUCCUCUGAGGGGAACCGUGUGGGGGAGGAGCUGGGACCUGGGAAUGGCAGGUGUCCUCUGAGGAGAGCUGAGCAGGAGAGGAGCUGGGACUCGGGAAUGGCAGGUGUCUGCUGAGGAGAACCGGGUGGGAGAGGAGCUGGGAUCCGGGAAUGGCAGGUGUCCGCUGAGGGGAACCGUGUGGGGGAGGAGCUGGGACCCGGGAAAUGGCAGGUGUCCUCUGAGGGGAACCGGGCGGGAGAGGAGCUGGGGCCUGGAAGGCCAAGGCAAGGGCUGUCUCCAGUCCAUGCUGCACCCCAAGAAGGGAAGUGUGGAGAGGUAUUGACUGGUAGCUCAGUAAAAUGGCCUGGAAGUGGCCUUGGUGAUUCCAGAAUCUGCCAGCUCACUCCCUUUGGCACCGUGUCCUGCUGUGUCCAGGGCGGGCAGGUCCAUGCUGCUCUGGGUCCAGGGAAGGUCUGGGAAGAGUGGCCAGGGACUUGGAGGGCCCCUCAGGUGAAUGAUGGGAGGUGGCUGGAUGCAGGGAUGGCCAGUGCGGGUCUGCAUGGGGCGGGUAUCAGAUCGUCUGGUGUGUGUGUCCCUGAUGAGGUGGGAGAGGGGGUGCCAGGUGGGUGUUCGGCAGCUGUGGGCACUGUGAGGUGGUGGUGGGGGGAGGCUGCUGGGACAUGAUGACUAUGGGAGGGUGUGAGGUGGGCAGGCGCCUGCGGGGGCAGGUCCCAGGUGGAGAAGGUGGCGUGGUGUCUUGCUGUCUCAGGCCCUUCCUCUUUGCAUCCACGUAAGUGUGGGUAAGCCAAGAAUAGCCUGGGUUCAAAUCCACCUUUGCCGUUAAUUGGCUGUGUGCUAGUAGACAAGUUACUUAGCUUCUCUGUGCCCCCCACUCCCUCAUCUGCACGCGAGAAUUGUAACAGAGCCUUCCUCAGAGCGAUGAUGGUGUUUAGGAUGACAUGCGCUGCACAGCAAAUCCUGGCCGUGGCGGCUGCCAUUGCAGCCCGUGGGGUCACCCUGGAGGCCGUGAUUGCUGAUGUCGUGCUGUUCUUGUGCCUCUCUCUCUUCUUCUCGGUGCGCCCAGACUCUCUCUGCCCUCGGAGGACGGCGUCUCUCUCGCCUCACACUGUGUGCAUGGGCAGUGCGGACGGGUGCUGGCUUGGUCUUUCCGGCCCUGCCUCGCUCGGGGCCUGCUGCAUUGUAGCUCAGGGCUAGGAACCAUCUCUGUACCUGCAGGUCUUGGGUGCUGCCCGGCAUGAGUGGAGGAGUUUAUCAGAACAGGACCUGUUAUAGGAGGUUUUAACUUUGGAAGGGAAUAGAAAAGUGUCAUGGCAGCAAUAUUUAUUUCUAGAUCACCCUGAGUUUUUUUUCUUUGUUUUGUUUUAUUGUCCUCUUUACACCAUGAGUUUUUAAUGAUGAAUGAGUGAAGGAGUGACAGUGCGGGUUGAGCAUCCCUAAUCCAGAUGCUCCAGAAUCAGAAACCCUCUGACACUGAUGUGGCGCCUCAGGCAUAGCUGAGCUAGUGACACCUUUGCUUUCUCAUGGGUCAGUGUACACAAACCUUGUUUCAUGCACAAAAUUAUCAAAAGUACCGCACAAAAUUACCCUCAGGCUGUGUGUAUAAGGUGUAUAUGAAACAUAAAUGAAUUUCCUGUUCAGACCUGGGUCCUAUCCAAUCAUAUCUCAUUACGUAUAUACAGAUGGUCCGAAUCAGAAAAAAUCCACAGCACUUGGGGCCCCAAAAAUCUCUUCUAAGGGACACUCAGCCUGUGUGACGUGGUCGGUGACUCCUGAUGGGAGGUGGCAGUGCUGUGCGGCGAGUGGGGACCUUCGUGUCACAUCCCAUCUGUGCCUCAGGGCUUGGAUGAAUUACUUCUGGCUGGACCUUGUUCCCUUUUCCACACAGUGAAGAGGCUGGGUUAAAUGAUCUCCAGUCAGUGUGUUUCAGAGUUAGCUGGAAGGUGUGUAGGGGGAAGUUGGAGCUUCCUGGCCUUGCCCCAGACUUACUAAGUCAGAGUCCCUGGGAGGUGCAGGAGCUUGGGAGCGGGCGUUCUUACUGGCAGCUCCGAUGGUGUAAUGGAAGUUCACUGGAAUCCAGUACCCCGUGGUCUUCUGAAUUUCACUGUCUGUUCUGCUAGCUUUACUAUUAAUUGAUAUAGUUUAAAGAAAAAUUAAACUAUAAGCUGAACUUAUGUGAUUAUUUUGGGAGGCCAAGGUGGGAGGAUUGCUUGAGGUCAGAAGUUUGAGACUAGUCUGGGCAACAUAGUGAGACCUCGUCUACAGAAAAAUUAAAACAUUAGCCAAGGUUCACUGGGUGUCUUCUCCUUGGCCCCUUCGCCCACGUGGUGAACACUGCGGACCUGUGAGGGUGUGAGGGUUGCGUUCCUGCGUUCUGGACUCUUUACCUUCUACUGAGAAGCAGCCGUGUGAAAUAUGAGUUGGCAAGGAAGAUCAGCAUGUAGGCUUAGACCAAGACGGUAUCUGCAGCCUCCUGAGCUAACUGGGCCUGUGCUUGAGCCCAGUGAUGAGCAGCCUCAGCAAGAGGCACUACCACCUGAAAGUCGGGGUCCUACACCUGGCCAGGAGAGAGAGGAAGAUCACGGUGCUGCUGAGAUUCUUGUGCUUGACCAGGAAGCUGAUCUCCGGGAGCUGUCUCAAAGACUGGGUGAAUGUGGAGAUGGUCCUGGUCCGGGGAAUAUUCUGCCGAAAUCAGAGCAAUUUAAAUUACCAGAAGGAGGUGAAGGGCAACCACAGGUUCCAAGGAAGACAAGCUGAAACAAUGCAAACUGGUUUUAUGUUAGAUACGUGACUUAAAAUAUCUCAAUACAGUUUUCUCCAAAAAAAAAAAAAAAAAAAAAAAAGUUAGCCGAGUAUGGGGGUGUGCUCGGUAUGGCUUGAGCCCAGGAGUGAGUUUGAGGCUGCACCGAGCAAUGACUGUGCCACUGCACUCCAGUCUGGGCAGUGGAGUGAGACCCUGUCUCUAAAAAAUAAAAACAAAUAAACGUGAUUAUAGAUAAUAAGAUAUUACUUACGUGAGUUACAAACCAUUUCUUUUUAAUAAGCAGAGGCCCAUGACAGUAAGAGUCUAGUAGAAAAAUUGGGUGGACUGCAUAGAAGACAUUGUCCAUCAUUAUGUCACACAGUGUGAGGCGGAUGGUGCGAAUAAACUGGGAAGUCAUGUCUUUCACUGAGGCAGCAUCUAUUCCUGUUUGGAAGAGAAAGCCGAGAGGUGUUGUGUUCCCCGAGGAAGCCGUCAAGGCUUCAUGACCUGCUGUCCUGGGGCUGUUCACAGUGAUAGCUGGCACUUGCCGGGAACAGCAGCACCUUUGUUGUGUGACAGAUGCUUUUCUGAGCGUGCUUUAGUGAGACCGUUUCACGCAUGUCCUGCUUUCCCUCUCCCCUCACCCGUGACAAAGUGAUUCCCCCUUGUAUUUGUUUCCUGGGGUUGCUGAAAGAAAUUACUACAAACUGGGGGGCUUAAGACAACACGCAUUCAUUCUCCUGUGUUUUCGGGGGCCUCGUGUCUGCAGUCAGUGUGACCUGGCUGAUGGCAGGUGUGGCAGAGCUGGUUCCUCUGGUGACUUUAAGUCUGCUUCCUUCACCUUUCCGGCUUCUGGAGGUGACCGCCUGCCCGUCUGCCUGGGCUCGAGACCCAUCCUUGAAUCCCUGCAGUCUCCGCAUCCUUCCUCACGUGGCCGUCCCCUCUGGCUCUGACCCCAGGCUCACACGGGCGCACCCCACACUCUCCCCAUCUCUAGAGCCUUCACGUGGUCACGUGGAUGGGAGGAGCCAUCCAAAAGCUUGGGAGUGAGGAUGUGGGUGUAUCAGGGGCCAUCAGCCAGCCUGUCACACCUCUUAAGAAGAUCGAUCCCCAGACGUGUU